AUGUCUAUAUUUCCCGAACCACCAAAACCUAACAAUGAUAAUGAAAAUUUUCUCAAAGAAUGGAAUAAAGUUCCUUUAUUCAUGACUGAAUUACCUGAAGAAGAAGAAGAAAGUGAAACUUUGGCUGCUUUACAAUCUUUAAUGUACGAAGGUUCCCCUGAAGCAUUAGAAGAAUCAAAAUGUCAAGAUAAUAAAAUUCUUGAAGAUUGUUUAACUAAUAGAGCUGCGGUAAAUUUGGAAUUACAUUGUGCUAAAGCAAUAAAAUUAAAUCCCAAAAAUAUUAAAGCAUAUUAUCGAUCCGCCAAAGCUUUAUAUGAACUUGAUAAAAUUAAUGAAGCAAUUGAUUGUUGUGAUCAUGGAAUAAAAUUACGUAACAUAAAAAUGGAAAUAACCAACAAUAUUGAUAAUAAUAAUUCAUCAGUACAUCUUAAUUCGGAAAAUCAAUUAAUUUGGCCAGUCAUAUUUUUAUAUCCGGAAUAUAAACAAUCAGAUUUUAUUACUGAAUUUAAUGAAGAAAACACUUUUCAAGAUCAUUUGGAAAUUAUGUUUGGAGAAGAAAAUUCUGCUCCUUGGGAUAUUUCAAAAAAAUAUAUAAACAUUGAUAAACUUGAAAUUUAUUAUGAAUACAAUUUAACUGAAAAAGGAGGAACACCAAGAUUAUUGAAAAUUAAAAAGAAUUGUAAUUUAAGAAAAGUUUUAUCACAUCCCAAAUAUCUUGUUAAAAAUGGAAUUCCUAGUUUUUUUAUUCUAUCUGAUCUUAGUGGUGAAUUUAAGAAUAAAUUUUUAGCAAAUUAUAAAUAA